CAGCCUACGCCUGGGUCCUGUAGCAGGAGGCUGCACAGCUUUUCAAAAUGUUACCGCCUUCUCACCGGAGUUACCUCGGACAGCGGGGCACGGUCGCGUUGUUUCACCUUUUGUGCAGUAUUACAGGUGUGUGGGGCAGUCAGGUAGUGGUGCCUCAGAGGGUGAGUGCUGUGCUGGGGAAGAAUGUGACACUGGAGUGUCGGGUGGAGGUGGGCACAAACCUUACUCUCACUCAGAGUUCCUGGGAGCGCCGUCUGCCUUCAGGCUCCGUCACAGUGGCUGUCUACAACCCACUGUUUGGCAUCUCCAUCCCUCCAGAGUUUGGCCACCGCUUGUAUUUUCGCUCACCCUCCUCUCAUGAUGCCACCAUCGUACUGGAAAACGUGGGCUUUGCUGAUGUCGGGAUCUAUACCUGUAAGGUCGCUACAUUUCCACUGGGAAACACUCAGGCCUCCACUACUGUCAGUGUCCUUGUGGAGCCGAAGGUCUACGUGUCUGCAGGUUCAACUGCCCUGAUCGAUGGUGGCAAUGAAACCGUGGUGGCCACCUGUAUUGCUGAGCGGGCUCGGCCUCCUGCUGAGGUGUCCUGGGAGUCCAACCUUUUUGGCCAGUCAGAAGUGCAGCUAUUUGACGAAGCGAACGGCACUACCAGUACACAAGUGCGCUACCUGUGGCAGCCCACACGCCACGUCCAAGGCCACACCCUCACCUGUGUGGUCCGCCACCCAGCUCUGCAGAGUGACUUCAGGAUCCCCUACCAGCUCAGUGUGCAGUUUGCUCCUGAUAUCUCUGUCGUGGGCUAUGACGGAGACUGGUAUGUGGGUCGGGAAAACGUUCAAAUGACGUGCAAAGCCAACGCAAACCCACCAGCUCAUCACUUCAGAUGGAUCAGACUGGACAGUGAAAUGCCAGAAGGGGUGGAAAUAAUGAACAGCACUUUGCUCUUCCUGCGUCCCCUCCAGCGGAAUGACUCUGGAGUCUACAGGUGCGAGGUUGCCAAUGACAUCAACCUCCGCAGUCGGGAUGUGCGCAUUCUCAUACAAGAUCCUCCCACCAUGCCUUCCACCAUUACUGCUCCUGUCCUAACUGGCUCUGCCUCCUCCACCUUAGUGGAUGAUAAGGGCCAUGUCCUCCUCAGCUCCCCCACACUUGAAGCCCUACCUGAGAGUAAUCUUGGUUCCAUAGUGGGUGGGGCUGUGGGCGGGGCCUUGUUCCUUCUGCUGCUGCUGUGUCUGGUUGGUGUGUGUUACCUACGGAAGCAGCAGACCUUCCACGGGAACUACUACACCAAGCAGUACCUGGGCCCCAGUGACCUCCAGAAGGCCCCCACACAGCAUGAGCUCCACCCUACAAAAGCUGGCAGCAGCUCCUACCAUCGGGACCACGACCGAGAAGAGUGGGGCGACCGCCAGCUCAAACAUGAGCGUGACCGCCGUCACCAUAACAACUACAACGGAGAGGAGUAUCCCUCUAAUGGCUACACUAGGGCAAUGAGAGAGAGCAGUCACCACAACCAUCAGCAGAAUCACCACCGUGAACACACACAGUAUUCUAGUCCACGGCAGGCCAGAUACCUUCAUUCACCGAAACCACAGGGAAACGGCUCCCCCUACCUGUCAGAUGACUACUACGAUAGCGGGCCCGAGGGUGACUAUGUCUCUCACACAGACGGCUCGGUCAUCUCACGUAGGGAGUGGUACGUUUGACAGGCUACCUGGUUCUGCAGGAGCAGAAAUACAAGAGUCGGAGGGUUUUCAUUUAUUAAAUUAGGAAGAAACACAUUAUUUCUGUUAUGUACGCACAUGCACACUUCUACUAAUCUCAAACAAGGGAAUUACAGUCCCUUGGUUUUCAAGCGUCCUGGUUGACACUUGAUAUGUUUCUCUUCUUCAUGGGGACAGACUGUGGACUGCACAGCCACUUUGACAUUUAACAUCUACAUGCUUACGGAAGUAGGCAUGUCAGUAGUUUGUGUGUAGAGACUAACAAAAGAUCGUGAUGUAUGUGCUGUCUCUGCCUUACUACACGAACUGCCAGUUUAUUUAGCAUUACUAAUGUCUUUCAGUUGAGUGGAAGCCCUGGGGGCUUUGAGAUCGCAUAUGGUUGUCUUAGAAGGAAGUUUUCUGUUUGUUUCUACAAGAUCAGCCUUCUUAGGCUCUGUGACACUUGCUAAUUUCUAUUUGUAUGUGUUGAAAUUGAUUACACUUAGUUCAAAAGACCUCUGAAGAUGAUUGAUAUUCAAGAACAGCACAGAACCUUGAUUGGAAAAAAAAAAAUCCAUGAAAUUCAGAUGGCCACAGAUCCUUUUCCAAAAGCUCAGUAGGA